GAAUUAGGUGGAGAUUAGUAUUCAUGAAUAUAGACUUGGAUUAUUACCUCUUCCCGCAUAUUUUAUACUCGAAGCUCUAGACGAAACCCUAGAGCUAUUGCGUUGGACGAAAUCCUAGGGCACACAACAGUGGUCCUUCUCCAAUAUGCGCCGAAUCUGAGUUCCCCAUCCAGUAAUCACGUGGAGACACCGAAACCAGUUUGCGGUGGCUUCAAAAAUUCUAUAAGGACAAGUCGAGGGUAUUAAAAAAUGGCGAAUUGCACCAGCAGUAAAUGCAGUAUCGCUAGCCCCUAUAUUGGAGUUGUGGUCAUUAAAGCUGAUGAAUAUAUGAGGAUAUGAACUACUAGUAGCCAUACACACAAUUUUUGAAGUUGAAGCAGAUUUACAGGAAUUUGGGAGUUGGAAAGAUCAUCACACAAAUCACUCUUGACUACUUCAUGCCCGGUAUGGGUGCUGGUAGCAUUGGUGUGAACUCAUUUUAUGUUUGGAAGACUUGCAAGGUCAACAAUAUAUCUAAGCUGGAUGCUUUGGAGACGAAACAGUUCAGGUGUGAACAUUUCAUCUUGGGGGACGGAAACCCUCAAAAGCGCUAUAUUUUAGUUAUUUGGCAGAUUUAUGGUGAGAAUGAAAUUAUUAAUGUUGUAGAAUUUAAUUAUCACCACUGUGUAACAAGUUCCAAGCUGAGUAAGGAUGCUAAGCAGUUACUACACACAAUAGCUUAUAGUUGUGGACAGGGAUUUUUUGCUCCCUCUUCCUGCAGUUUUACAUAUUUAUGGUGUUGGAAUGGGAUUUUAAAGACUUUUAAGUCUUAGGUUUAUGCAAUGAUAGGGAUGAUUAUAUUGGCUGUGAAAUAUGAAAAGUAUGAUUUUGUGCAGAAAAAGAUUGCAUUAACAGAUUACCCUAGUACGACCAAAAAUUAUGGUGUUAUUAUUUUCUCUUGUUAUCAGACUCCCCAACUUAGAUAUACUAUCAGUCGAGCUAGUGUUAGAUUCAGACUCAAUAUUAGUUUUACUAUCAUCUUCAAAUUAAAAUGAGUGACUCAA